GCAUGGCUAUACACAUGCUACCGCCAUACCGAAUGCACCAACAUGAGAUUGUGGAGGAUCCAGGUUCGAAGCCGACCUUCCGAGCACCAUAUCGGCUCAGCCCCACAGAGCUAGCCGAUAUGAAGAAACAGAUCGAGUAUCUCCUUGCCAAAGGACUCAUCCGACCAUCCACUUCACCAUACGGUGCCCCAGUACUCUUCACACCGAAACCGGACGGAAGCCUGUGCAUGUGCAUCGAUUUCCGAGCUCUCAACAAGCACACCGUCAAGAAUAAAUUCCCGAUUCCACGAAUUGAUGACCGGCUUGACCAGCUUUAAGGAGCGACGGUAUUUUCCAAAC